AUGUCGUUUGAUAGAACACUCUUCUCGUCGUUCUUGGGGGUACUUUUCGUUGUAACCGUAGUAGCAGCCUCCGCUACGAAACUAGAAACCGUUGCUAGAAAAGUGGCCACUAAGAACUCGACACGUGACUACAGUAAUAGCGCGGUCAACAAUUUCCCCGUUAACGGACUGCCACCGUUGACGUACAGCCCGAAGAAAUACACCUUCUACGGUGAUGGUGUUACGUUCUUCGAAGCAUGGAACCUAUGCCGAUCAAAGGGGAAACGAUUGGCAGCUAUCGAAACCUAUCAGGACCAUCUGACAUUCCAGGAGGCAGUCAUACCGAACGCGGACUACGAUAUAUCGUACUGGAUAGCGGCAACCAACAUUGGAGCCCACCGCGAUCAAUACGAGCAGUUCUACUGGAUCACAAAUGACAGACCGAUCGGCUACCUAAGCGGAUUCGCCAACUGGAUCGAUGGUGUGGCACCGAACGAAGAAAGCUUGUGUGUGGCCGCGUAUCUUGGCAGUGCGCUGUGGAUUUACGGUGAUUGCGAGUCCUCUACCUCGGCAUACGCUUGCGAGGAACCGAAGGAUGUCUAA